AUGUUCAGACUAUCUAGAAUACACAAAUUGGCUCUCCGAAAUUUCCAUAGCGGCAAAAUUUCAUUGUUACAAAAGAAGAACGGUCCAGCAAAGGGUAAUUUUUUAAUCAAUGCAAUCAAUUAUGUGAAAGAUGUCGAUGAUCGCAUGGCCAAAAUAGAAACUGAAACACCACAAAAGGAGAUGGCUGCUCAACUUGUGUCGCUGAUUGAAAAGCUGCCCGAACUUCUUGCACUCCUACUGCUAUUUCAUUAUGAGCUCUACAAGGUAGGAGUUUCUCACUCUGUCGAAAGAGAGUUCCUGCCUUCCCAAAUACGAUCUUACCGUUGGGCAUAUUUGUGGAAACUAUCCAAGAUUCAUGACGUAUUCUGGGAACUGUGCAAUUAUUUAGACAUUGCUCAACAUCCACAUCCAUUGGGAUUUCUGCCCACCAAUAUUGGAAUUCUUGAUCCAGCCAACUUCACCACAGAUCAAUACAAUAUGCUUCAAAGAGGAGAAUUCAAUGGCCUUUCUUUCAAAGAUAUCAUGAUUCUUGGGAGCCCAUGGUCGAGUAGAGAACAUGUGCCCUCGGUAUAG